UGUGUCAUGAGCUUGUUAUGGUAGUGUCCAGAGGUUUGUGUUUGUCGCCUUCUUGGAUCAACACGCGCUGUGUUCGCAGUGAAUGGAAAUGGUCGCGGUUUUCCUGGCGACACUGUUCCAGUACUAUCCACUGUUGCCCAUCGGUGGGGUGUUUUUGUGUUUCCUGGUGACAGCUGCACUCUUGCUCGGCUGGUUUGGUUUCGAUGUUCCUGUCAUCUUACGAACCUCUGAUGAGGAAGAGUCCAGCAUCCCUACACCUGAAAAACGAAUGGUACAAGUGACCAACCCUUUCGCCCUUGAGAUUUGCUCUGGCCCUGCGUCUGUGUCAGAUGGAGUGUCAGUGAAGGCUUGCUGUCUGGAGCCGUGUGUCCUCACCUGUUUUUGGGGGUGUGAUGUCCUUGCUCUGCAACAGGCGCUGCAAGCCCACCAGCGCUGGUCGAGACUCUGCACUCCUGAACAUUUCCAGGAGGCGCUGCAGCAUCUCUACAACCACUGCCAGCGCUUUUAUGUUGCUGGCGGUGACGGGGAAGAUAACCACACUCAGAUCCCCGCUGAUCUCGGGGUCACAGAUUUCGGCAUGUUGCCAAGGGAUCGCUACCCUCUGGUGGCUGUGUUGACUCUGUCAGAGGCGGAAGCUAGGGAGGCGUAUAACAUAGUGGCCAGUGUGACUGUCAUUCAUGUUCCAGAUGAAAUGUACAAGCUCUCCGCACGAAUCCUGUUCCAGUACCUGCUCACUGCGGAGGGGAACAUGUAUGACUUGAAGCCUUUAUUCAUGUCUGCGAGCUCUGCAGAGGAUUUGGGGCAUUCUAACGCAGACCAGACCUCACACCAAAGCGAGCAGGACUCCAGUGCAGACCAGAGUCCAGUUCCGGAGGUGGCGGAGGAAAGAGACUGGUCUGAGGUCAGCGGCAAAGACUGCGUGGUGUGUCAGAACGCGGCGGUGAAUCGCGUGCUGCUGCCUUGCAGACACGCUUGCGUCUGCAACAGCUGCGUGUCUCACUUCGACAGGUGUCCCAUCUGUAGGUCCGUCGUCCUGGAGUCCUUCUGUCUGUCGGUGGGACACUCCACUCAGGAGCUUUGACUCAUGCUGCCGUCGGCUACUUUUUGUGAGAUCCUUUUAUGUUCAUUGAGUUUCAGUAUUAAUUGAAUCUUCUGUUUCCAACUCCGCUAUUUCCUGCUACAUUAUUUAUCGCAGCACUCAGAACUGUCACUCUAAACCAGGUUAUAGUUAAUAUAGUUAAUAUAAUAAAGCUAUGAGGCUUCUUAAUGAGUUUCAUUAUGAUAUUCAUGUCUGCGAACGUAUUUACAUUGCUGUAGUCCGCAACUAGAUUGAGAGAAUUCUCUUUAGGUCCAAUUUCAGUUAUACCUGCAUAUGGAAUGACAAUUAAUACUUUUAAUGGUAAAGUAUUUUCUACUGCAAACUGAUCAGACAUGAAACAUUUAAAUUUCAUCUUAAAUUUGCCUUUAUUAUUAUUGUUAUUAAUUUUACUAUUAAGACAAGCUGUAGCUCUUCAAUUUAUUGUGGACGCUACUGUUGCAGCAGACAAAACUUAUGCAGUAUGUCUCUAAUAAAUAUGUGAAAUAUUCCACAGUCCAAGACACAUGUCCAAUAUUGUGCUAAUAAAGUGUUUUUUUCGUUGUUUAUUUUUUUUAAGUACAGUAUCUUGGAUCUAAAAUGCGUUGUGAAAUCUUGAAGUGCUCACAGUAAUUUUAUUAUAUAGCUGUUUCACGUUCUGUGUGUUUUUUUUUUUUUUUUUCAUUAAAA